AGCCAAACCAGUUCUCCUGGUUGCCAUCAAGCUUCUAGGCAUUUAACUGGCAGAUCCUUCCCAUCCUCGUGAUAGAGCAAGAGGGACAUGCUGAAGAGGAGAAGUCUCUUGCUGGGCUUUUCUCAGGUGGACGCGUCCCUGGAAGCAGUAUACAAUACCUAUGCAGCACAGCUUCCAUGAUAUGUGUAUCUAAACACACCUAAGAUAUAAUGAGCGCAGACAGUAUGAGCACCUUUUCCGAAAGCCUGGUCUUUGGUAACUCUGGGAAAGGAGCGGUCAUGAGAGGAAUCCCAGAUGGCACAGUUCUUGGAUCCAGUGGCGUGCAGGCAGGGGAUGACAUUGUCGCAGCCACAAUACACCUUGAUCAUCUCAGCCAAAAUGAAGUGCAGAACAUCCUGAAAGUGCUGCAGCCAUACAAUAACAACAUGAAGGUGGUGACAAAGAAGGAGCUCUGCACCAAUGGCAGCCUCAGCUCUUUGGGAGACCCAUCUGAGAUGCUCACUGGUGACUUCAUUAAGAAGACGGAUCUGGAUGUAUCAGCUGAGAAAACAGUUUCUUCUCUUGACAGCCUGAGAGCAAAGUUACAUGCAGCUCAGGCUGUCGGGAGUCAAUUAAAUGGUUCAGUGGUCAAUAACCAUCCUAAUGUAAAUCUAACUAAGCCGUCAGCUGAUGCUGGUGCAGAGUUUACGUUACCCUCCCUUGCAAAGAUGGGUCCGGAUCUUGAUGGCACCCUCACAGCACCUAAUGUCAGUUUGGCAACGCCCCACCUCAACAAUCACAGUGCCUCGCUUGACAUUGACAAACCACAAGUAAAGACAGGUAACCUCAAUUACAAAGCCCCCCACUUCAAAAUGCCACAAUUUGAUCGACCUGCGGUCAAAACCCCAGUGGUGGAUGGUGACCUUGAGCUUCCUUCUGUUAAUGGAGAAACAAAGGGCUUCAACCUGUCUUCACCAAAAUUAGACAUUAAUAGUAAAAAUGUGGAUCUGAAUGGACCAAACGUGGAUUUAAAUGGACCUGAUGUUAACUUUGAAUCCCCAAAUACAGACAUCGGUUUACCAUCAGAUCCUUUCAAGUGGCCCCAUCAGAAAUGGAAGGGACCACAUGGACCACAUUUGAAGUGGAAGAAGCCCAAACCUCUUGGUGCAAAAACAGAUCUGGACUUAGAUGCAGGCUUGAACACACCAGAGAUUGAUUUAUCCGUCCCCAAAGUGGAGGGUGGGUUAUAUGCCCCAAAUAUCAAUGCAAACCUGGCAAAUGCUGAUCUUAAAGGCCCAGAUUUAGAAAUUCAACAGCCAAAUUUCAGUGGACCGUCUGGUAAAUUUGUCUGGCCUCACCAGAAAUGGAAGAAACCAAAAAUAAAAGGCCCAAAGGCAGACUUGGAUAUAGAUGCAGGCCUGAAUAAACAUGAAUUAAAUCUCUCAACUCCAAAGCUUAAUAGUGGCAUUAAUGCUCAGCUGGACCUUCCAAAAGCUGACGUUAAAGUUCCCAACUUAGAUGUUGAGACUCCAAAUCUUGACAUUGAUACUCCAUCUUGGAAAAAAAACUGGCACCUGAAGUUGAAGAAACCCAAACUACCUGACCCUAAACUGGAAGCAAAUUUAAGCACACCAGAUAUUGGACUCUCUGUUCCAAGCAUUGAUGGUGAUAUUAAUGCACCAGAUGUUGACCUGAAUUUACCAGAACCCAAUUUACAAGUUAAUGCACCAGAUGUGGACAUCGGGGCUUCAUCUGGUAAAGUCAAGUUCCCAACACUGAAAAAGCCAAAGUUUUGGUUUGCUGGACCCAAGGUGAAAACCCCAAGUGUUGACCUGGAUACUGAUGUGAAAGCCCCUGACCUUAGACUUUCUACUUCACAGGCAUCACUUCAUGGACCUGAUCUGAAUUUAUCCAAAGCUGAUGUUGAUGUUAAAGUACCUGACGUAGAUGCAUCUGGAAAGAUGAAAUGGCACACCCUGAAAAAGCCAAAAUGGUCCUUCUCAGGUCCGAAGGUUAAUAGUCCAGAUUUUGAGGCUAAUGUUUCAACACCUGACCUGAGUCUCACAGCUCCAAAGUUUGAUGGUGACCUAAAUGCACCAGAUCUAAAACUAACAACUGCUGAAUUGAAUGAACCCAAGUUAGACAUUGAUGCUCAUGGUUCAUCUGGAAAAUUCAAAUGGCUCAAGAAGUUUGCUACACUGAAAGGUCUAAAAUCUGAUAUUGAUGGUGAUAUCAAGGUGCCAGAUGUGGAUCUCAGGGCACCUGAUAUAGAUUUGAGGGCACCAGAUGUUUCUCUUUCACCAAAAAUUGAAGCGCCGGAGCUCAAUUUCAGCACGCCUAAGGCUAAUAUCAGUGGCCCUAAUGUAGAUCUCCACGCUCCUGAUCCAAACAUUGAACCGAUUGAUGGUAAACUGAAGUUACCAAAAAUGAAAAUCCCAAAAUGGCCAAAAGUCAAAGGCCCAGAAGUGGAAACCAAUUUAAAAGCUCCAAAUAUUGAUGCCAAUGUUGAUGUUCCUAAUAUAGGCAUAGAUACGCCCAACAUAGAUCUAAUAGCACCUGAUCUGUCCUUGUCAUCGUCAAAGUUUGAAGGUAGUAUUGAUACACCAGAUGUUGAGCUGCAGUCUCUAGAUCUUUCAACUGGGAAACUCAAGUUACCCAACCUGAAUUUACCAAAAUUAUCAGGGCCAAAGAUAGAAAAUCCUAAUCUUGAUAUUGAUGCUGAUGUCAAGGGUCCACAUCUUGAUCUGGCUCCUCUAGAUAUAAAUGCACCAGACUUGAAUCUUUCAGCUCCCAAGAUUGAUGGUGGUUCUGGUGCUCCAGAUUUGAGUCUGCCUAAAGCUGAUUUAAAUGGGCCACAUUUUCACCUACCUGAUCCCCACAAUGCUGAUAUAGGAUUACCACACUUAAAUAGUUCUGCCCCUCAAAUUACAAGUUUAGGUGCAGACAUAAAUUUGCCCAAAGCAGAUGUAAAAGGACCCAGUCUGCAUCUACCCAAUCCAUCCGAUCUCAACAUUAAAAAAACAGAUCUGAGUCUUGGAAAUGCUGACCUGGAAGCAUGUGAUGUUAGACUCAGUAGCCAUCUUCCAGAUAUGGGUAUCAACAUGCCCACUGCAGAUCUUAAAGGCCCAGAUGCACAGUUAAAAACACCAGUUCUAGGGUUAGAUUCCCAAAUGGGGGAAUUUACGUUGCCUCAUUAUAAGCUUCCGAAACUGGAUCUUUCAAGCCCUGGAGUAGAAGUUCCCAGUGUUCAUCCCUCAGUUCAGGCUGGACUGGAGGCAUCCAAGGUCAACAUAGAUAUGUCUACAGCAGAUGCAAACAUAUCGGUUCCUACAGUAGAUUUAAGUAGGUCGCUGUUUAAAGGUGCCAAAAAAGGACCAGAAGUAGAUGUGGAAGCUCCAAAGGUAGAUACUGGUCUUGAAAAGCCCAAAUUGCCACAUUUCAAGGUUCCAAAACUGAGUUUCUCUGGAUCAAAAAUUCAAACUCCUGAGGUAAAUACCAGUCCAAAACUGUCACUUGAUGGCGAAAUCUCACCUCUCACUGUCUGUGCCCCUGAAAUGAGGACCAACACUCCUGAAAUAGAAAACACAGCUGGAGAUACUGGAAUCAAACUUUCCCCAAAAAGUAAACUGAAAUGGCCCUUUAAAUGGGGAUUUAAAUCUAGCUCACUGGACACUGAGGAGCAUGGAGUCAUUGCUGAUGUGGAUGUUCCCAAAUUCAGAUUACACACCUUGCCCAGAAACUGCGCAGACAAUAAAAGUGUAACUCCAGAUAUCUUUAGCCUGUCAAAAUCUGACAAUGAUGCCAAGGAUUAUGUUGUCAGCAAAGGAAUCCGUUUACCAAUAGUAAAUGUACAAUCAAGAAAUGGAGAAAGGAUUGACAUCAUGGAGAGGUUGAAAAUGGCAAAGGAAAAAGCACCAUCAACUAACACCUCACCAACAGAGGAGAGAACUAUUAGCUUGAAUAUGGCUCCUCCGAGUCUUGAUGCCUCUGGAGAAGCAGAAGACUCCAGUUUAGUUCGAGGAGGGACUUUCAAAGUGGAAAAGCCGGAGUACCCACUGGGCUUGAUAGCUCCUGAUAUUUAUUCAGCAGAUGAAAGUGAUAAAUUAUCAUUAAGCCUCUCCCAUAUGCUCGGCCUUAAUGUCAAGAAUUCAGAUGCUGACUGUUAGCUUCCAGAAAGCUGACCCCAGCCAAGAGAAGGCCAAAUGAAGGGAGCUGUUUCUCCAAACUAUGUGCAUAUCCCCGUUAUUUAUAUAUAUGAAUUUUUUUCUUCUUCUUUUUUAAAAUUGUUAAUUUGAAAAUAUGAAACUUCCUUGUGCACUGCAUUUGUUGACACUUAAUUGUUUCAUUUUCAGACAAGUAACAUAAUUAUCCUUUUAAAUAAGUAACUGUGAAUGAAUGUGAUUUGAAUCUUGUGUUCAAUAAAAACACCAGUAUAUUAAAAUAUA